AUGGUGAGCUUGGAAGAGCAAUGUGGAGAAAAGACUCCACUUGUCCAACCUGACCCGGUGGUGUUGGAGAUUAAUAGCUUGCAAAACCAACUCAAAGAAAAAGAUAACAAACUAGCGACUUGUCAGGGUGAUAUCAAAGCAUUAAGAGCAAAUGAGGCUCUCAAAGACAAGGCCAUAGAAGAGUUGAGAAAUGGAGUCAGUAAACUGGAUGAAAGACUUAGAGCUACAGAGGAUCGUCUUAAACAAAAGAAUCAAGAAAUCAAGAAACUGACGGAUGAAAAGAAGGAUGCAUUGGCUUCACAAUAUGCUGCAGAAGCAACACUUAGAAGGGUACAUGCAAAUCAAAAGGAUGAAGAUUUUAUUCCAAUUAAGACUGCCAUUGCUCCCCUUGAAGCUGAGAUAAAAAUGUACAGGAAUGAGAUUAAUUCACUUCAAGAAGAAAAUAAAGCUUUGGAACGACUCACAAAAUCAAAAGAGACAGGAUUGUUAGAAGCAGAGAGCAUUCUGAGAAGUGCUUUAGAGAGGUCCCUAGUAGUUGAGGAGGUUCGAAAUCAGAACUUUGACUUGAAGAGACAGAUUGAAAUCUCCCAGGAGGAGAAAAAAAUCUUAGAGAAAAAGCAUCGCCAAAAGAUUUUAGAAGUUGAAAAGCUUAGCCAAACCAUUCAAGAACUUGAGGAAGUUAUCUUAGCUAGUGGGGCUACUGCUAAUGCUGUUCGUGAUUAUCAGCGACAGAUUUCUGAAUUGCAAGAAGAGAAGAGGUCAUUAGAGAGGGAGCUAGCAAGGGUAAAAGUUUCAGCCAACAGAAUUGCAAAUGUUGUGGCUAAUGAGUGGAAGGACGAAAAUGAUAAGGUCAUGCCGGUCAGGCAAUGGCUGGAAGAAAGAAGGAUUAUGCAGGCAGAGAUUCAACGGUUGAAAGACAAGCUAACUACAUCAGAGAGAACAGCUAAGGCAGAGUCACAAUUGAAGGAUAAACUAAAGCUAAGGCUUAAAACACUGGAGGAAGGCUUAAAGCAUUUCUCAAGUUAUCCAAACUCUAUGAAUGUGUCUGGUGCAUCUCCAAAAGCAGAAAAGUCGAACAUCCUAGGUUUCGUAACAACCGGUAGUGGGCUGAGAAAGAGAUCCACAUCACAACCAAGGGCAUCUGCGGUUAGAAGCUCUUUGUUCCAGCAACCAAAUGUAAAAGAUAACACAGACAUUGUACCCGGGAAUUUAAAACUGGGGAGCCCUACAAAGAGAUACAGUUCUGCAGAAAAUAUGUUGAAGAAAGGAAUAUGGGCGUCCAGAAGUAAAGUUACUGAUAAUGCUGAAAAGGAAAAUGAGAUGCAGGUGAACACAGACAUGACGUUAAACAGAUGCAAUGACGAAAGAGAAGCAGCAGAAAUUAAAACCACUGUUAAUGUCAAUGAAGACCCUGAAAGCAAGAAAACAAACGGAUCAGUUAGGGAUGAUGUGGUAUCAGGUUUUCUAUAUGAUAAGCUGCAACAGGAUGUCAUCAAUUUGAGGAAGUCUUGCGAAACUAAGGACAGUAGUUUACAAUCUAAAGAUGAAGAAAUUAAGAUGCUAACAAAGAAAGUCGAUACUCUCACAAAGGCCAUGGAAGUAGAGUGGAAGAAAAUGAAAAGAGAAGCAGCCGCCAGAGAGAAAGAGGCUUCAUCAACAAAGUCAGAUGAUAACAGGAAAAACAGAAGCGCAAACUCCUCUAAAAGGCUGACGACAGAGCGCUGA